AUGUCCGGCUAUCCAUAUCCCAAGCUUACGCUGUGCCUAUACUUCCUGAACUUUUCUUCUUCUAACUCGCACCGCGGAGUAAGAUGUGAAGAUUGCAGGCCGGCCCUCCAUCGUCAUUCAGAUGACGUAUAUCAUUUAGGAGAUUCCGAAGAUUUGACUCUAGAUGAUCAUAAUACGCACGCUCUGUUUUCCAACGAGAAGAUAAGAUUUAAGAAUCAUGCCCUCAUGAUGGUAGACGAGACGUCAUCCCCUGCAAUUACUCACUAG